UGGCGGGAUCAUUUCCGGCGCGGAGCAGCGGCCUGGGCGGAGGAACGGGCCGGGCGCGGGGCCUGAACCGGUCGAGCGAGGCGGAGCGGGCGUUGCAGCGAUGCCGUUCCUUCACGGCUUUCGGAGGAUCAUUUUCGAGUACCAGCCGCUCGUGGACGCCAUCCUGGGCGCCCUGGGCAUCCAGGAGCUCGAGCGGCAGGAGCCACUGGACGAUUAUGCUGCCAGCGAGGAGAGCCGGAUCCUGGUCCUCACCGAGCUACUGGAGCAGAAGGUGCACUCUCCCUUCUACCUGGAAGGGGUGAGCAAUGCCUUACUGAAGAUGGCGGAGCUGGGGCUGACAAGGGCCGCUGCUGUCCUCCUGAAGAGUGGGGCCAACCUCAACUUUGAAGACCCCGUCACCUACUACACAGCUCUGCACAUUGCCGUUCUGAGAAACCAGCCUGACAUGGUGGAGCUGCUGGUGCACCAUGGCGCUGACAUUAAUCGGAGGGACCGGAUCCAUGAGAGCAGCCCCUUGGACUUGGCCAGUGAGGAGCCUGAGCGCCUGCCUUGCCUGCAGAGGCUCUUGGACCUUGGAGCGGACGUCAACGCAGCUGACAAGAAUGGGAAGACAGCGCUGCUGCAUGCUCUAGCCAGCAGUGACGGGGUGCAGAUCCACAACACAGAGAACAUCCGGCUCCUACUGGAGGGCGGGGCAGACGUGAAGGCCACCACCAAAGAUGGGGACACUGUGUUCACCUGCAUCAUCUUCCUGCUUGGUGAGACUGUCUGUGGGGACAAGGAAGAGGCCCCAAUGAUCAAUCGCUUCUGCUUCCAAGUCACACAGCUGCUUCUGGCGCAUGGGGCCGACCCCAGCGAGUGCCCAGCCCAUGAGUCCCUCACGCACAUCUGCCUCAAGAGCUUCAAGUUGCACUUCCCUCUCCUGCGCUUCCUGCUGGAGUCGGGAGCGGCCUACAACUGCUCUCUGCACGGAGCUACCUGCUGGUCUGGCUUCAGCCUGGUCUUUGAGAGGCUGUGUUCCCACCCAGGCUGUGCUGAGGACGACAGCCACAUGGACCUCCUGCAUAAGGCAGAGACAGUCCUGGACCUCAUGGUCACUAGUUCCCAGAGGCUCCAGCUGCCCGAGAACUUCAAUGUCCACCCAGUGGGCAGCCUGGCAGGGAAGAUCCAGGCCCUGCACGCCUCCCUGAGGCAGCUGGAGAGCUACCCACCGUCCCUCAAGCACCUGUGCCGUGUAUCCAUCCGCCUGUGCCUGCGCCCGUGGCCUGUGGAUACCAAGGUCAAAGCUCUGCCGCUGCCUGACAGGCUCAAGUGGUACCUGCUCAGUGCGCACAGUGGCACUGAGGAAGACAGCUGCUGAUGGCUCCAGGGAUGGGACAGUCUGGGAAGGCUGGAGCCAGCCUGAAGAUGGACCUGGUUGGUACCUGGGACAGUGUCCAGCAAGUUCUGCCCCUUAUUGAUUAGAGCCAAGUGGGGUAGUGCCCUGGCAGCCAAAGGCAUGUCUUGUUUCCAGGGAGACCUCCGCCUCCUUCCUCAGUUUCAGCCAUAUUGGAGGGACCAGUGCAGAUGGGACUGGGUACCUGCCUCUGCUUCAGGAGUGGUCUGGCUGUUUGCAGAAGCGGAGAUGGGGGGGCGGGGGUGGGGGGUCCAGACCCUCAGCAGCUGCUCGGUCUUGUCAGGAGCAUGCCUGGGGCUCCUAGAGGCCAGUGCUGCAUCCCAGGCCACCCAGUGAGGCCACCACAGGCUGGUCUUCCUGAGUUAGAGGCCUGCCUGACCCUUUAGCCAAGUCAUUCAGAGUCCCAGCAAAGGUACCAGGGCUGUGGUGGGUGCACCUCUGCUCCUGCCAAGCUCAGGGCUCAGGGACCGUAUCUUCUGCUGGAGUUACAGAUAUGUAUAGACAGGCCUGGCUUUGUGAGGGGCUCCCCUGAACAAAUGCACAGGCUGGAAGCAGAUUCCACUGUCCAGGGUUGAGCCCUCACAUCUCUCACCUUGGCCUUUGUGAGUUGUGUAAAUGCCCUUGGGAAUGAGGUGAUUAAAUGAUAUAUUUAUAAGGUUAAA